AUGUCCGUCACCAGCUACGAGCUGUCGGAGGAGCACCUUUGGUGCUGCAUUUGUCUGGACGUCUUCACGGAGCCCGUCACGCUGCCGUGUGGACACAACUUCUGCAGAAACUGCAUCGUGCAGCAUUUGAAGACAAACUCCCAGCGGCAGUGCCCCAUGUGUAAAGAGCCGGUGGACAAGAAGCAGAAACUGGGAGUGAACACGUUCAUAUCUGAGCUGGCCGUCCAGCACCGGCAGUCAGCUGGAAGGAGAUCCUCCAUCUGCUCACAGCAGCACGUUGUGACACCAAAACCUUCUGAUGGUCCUCCUGUUGGACCCAAGCAGACGUCUCUAAAGCCCCGUCUGUUGGUGGCGUUCGGCCUGACGUGUCUGAUCUUGUUCUUUGGAGCUAAUGUCCGUUUUCAUCAAAUGUUGUCCAGCUGCAACAUUCUCCUUGGCUCUGUGGAGAAGUCAUCUGAAAGCGUGUGCGCCGAGCACGACGAACCUCUGGAGCUCUACUGCAAGAACGAAGAAAGGCUCGUCUGUCAGAGCUGCAGGGCUUCGAGCCACAGAAACCACUGGGUCGUUCCCGUGGGAGACGUUUACGAAGAGAAGAAGGCAGACCUCAGGAAAAUGGAGGCCGGGAUCCAGCAGGUGAUCUGGCAGCGGAGGCUGAAGAUUCAGGAGCUCCGACGCUCGGUGAAGCUCAUCAAGGAGUCUGCAGACCAAGAGAUGGCAGAUGGCAUUCAGAUCUUCACCUCCCUGAUCCAGAACUUGGAAGGAGCCCAGACGGAGCUCAUUGAGAUGAUCGAAGAGAAGCAGAAAGCUGCUGAGAAACAGGCCCAAAGUGUCAUCUCUGAGCUGGAGCAGGAGGUCUCACAGCUGACCAGGAGGCGCGUUCAGGUGGAGCAACUUUCCCGCUCCAAAGACCCAGUCCUCCUCCUGCAGAGCCUCCCGGUCCUGAACGCUGGCUCUCCAUAUCCAGACCGGACGCAGGUGAGCGUUUGUCUGGUGGCGUACGAAGGUCUGACCAGGACGGCGAUGGUCAGAGCCAUGAAUCAUCUGAUGGAGACGGUCCGAGACGCCAUGAAGAAGCUGCAGGACUCUGAGAUGAAGAACAUCCCUCAGUUUGCAGUCAGCGUGACUCUGGACCCCGAGACUGCACAUCCCGCCCUCGUCCUGUCCGAUGAUGGUAAACGGGUCCACUGCGGAGACGGACCCAAGAAACUACCGUACAGCUCGAGAAGGUUCGAAACGGCUCUUCAUGUCCUGGGAAAGCAGGGGUUCUCCUGCGGGAGGUUCUACUACGACGUCCAGGUCCGAGGAAAAACUGCGUGGACUCUCGGAGUUGCCAGGGAAUCCGUCAACAAGAAGGUAGACCUGAACCUAAACCCAGAGACCGGCUUCUGGGCCGUACGGCUUCAGAACAGGAAGGAGUUUGUCGCUCUGGAUCAAAGUCCCGUCCCUCUGUCUGUGAACGACGACGUCCAGAAGGUGCGAGUGUCCGUGGAUUACGAGGAGGGUCAGGUUUUGUUUUACGACGUCGACGCUGCAGUUCUCCUUCACUCGUUUACCGGCUGCUCCUUUACGGAGAAGCUCUACCCGUUCUUCAGUCCUGGUCCGAGUGACGGUGGACGAAACUCCGCCCCUCUGAUCAUCACCUCACUUAACCGGCGCAGAUAA